AGGUCAUGCUGGGAGAUGUGAAACUGGAUGAAGGGAAAGAAGCAAUCUGUAAAAUUAUUGACAAGUUUGGAUACAACAGAGCUGCUUUCAUCAAAUGCGAUGUAACACAGGCAAAAGAUAUGGACUGUGAGUAAACUGAAAGUUUAUUCAAUGCUGCACUAUGUGAAUUCAAACAGAUAGAUAUAGUAAUAAACAAUGCAGGAAUACUGGAGGAUCAUCUAUGGGAGAAGACUGUCGACAUCAAUAUAAAAGGCGUUAUUCGUGGCACACUCUUGGGAUUCCACUACAUGCGAAGAAAUAAAGGAGGUGGGAGGAUCAUCAACCUCUCCUCCAUUCUGGGACACCAACACUGCUUUCCGUGCCCAGUUUAUUGCGGAUCGAAACACUUCGUCAUAGGUUUCUCGAGGUCGAUGGGGAGCGAUUUCUAUUUCUGCCAGACAGGGGUGAAGGUGAUGACUCUUUGCCCAGGCGUGACUCUCAGCUCCAUGGUUACGGAGUCGGGAGAGAGGCCUCAACUGGAAGGAUUCGGAGAUACAUCGAAGGCUCUGCAUGACGAGCUGUACAAACUACCAACGCAACCGAGUGAAGUUUGCGGUAAUCACAUUGUUCCCAUUCUUGAAGCUGACAUAAAUGGUUCUGACUGGAUUUCGGAAGACAACGAAGUUUAUAGAGUGAAGAGGGUGGAUCGCCAUACACUCAGAAUUUGUUGAUAUGGAACUCAUGUUCAACAAUAAGUAUAACCUUAUAACACAUUUCAACCAGAUGCAAUAUAGAACUGCAAUAAACCUCAUAUCACUA